UCCAGCUCUUAAAAACCCCAAACGUUAUUCCCGGCACUUGAGGACUCUCCCGUGGGCCUGUGCUGGAACGUCAUAAGACUGUGUUUUUUUUGUACGCAGUACGGUGCUUAAUAGCGUGAGCUAUGGCAACAACCACGUCUUCGGCUGCUGCAGCCGCGCCGUCCGUCGUUUGGUGGACGCCAGAUCCCAAAGCCGGUGUUGGAAGUGGUGACAAUGCAUGGCAACUUACAGCCGCUUCUCUCGUAGCGCUACAAUCGAUCCCCGGGCUCUUGGUCCUCUAUGCAGGAAUCAUGAAACGAAAAUGGGCCAUUAAUAGUGCCUUCAUGGCCCUAUACGCAUUUGCCUCAGUGCUGCUCUGCUGGGUUCUUUGGGGUUACAAGGCUUCCUUUGGAGAGUAUAUGCUUCCAUUCGUUGCCAAACCCGGAAAUGUCCUCGGCAUUGACACGAUGCUGAAGCAAUCAUACCUUCCUUCCAUCGGCGUUGGUCAGCAGUUCCCCAUGGCCACUAUGGUGUACUUCCAAUUCGUCUUUGCCGCCAUUACCUUGGUCAUUACUGCCGGAGCUUUCCUCGGUCGGAUGAACUUUUACGCCUGGAUGGUAUAUGUUCCUCUGUGGCUGACUCUAUGUUACACUGUUGGGGCUUAUUCAAUCUGGGGAGGAGGUUUCCUCUUCAAGCUCGGAGUUAUCGAUUAUUCUGGAGGAUAUGUCAUCCAUCUGUCCUCGGGUACAGCAGGAUUUAUCGGUAGCUACUGGAUCGGACCACGACUCAGCAGUGAUCGUGCAGAUGCCAGACCAAGCAAUAUUCUGGCAGUUCUCAUUGGCGCGGGCAUCCUCUGGGUUGGCUGGAACGGCUUCAAUGGUGGUGAUCCUUACGCAGCCUCUGCCGACGCAGGAGUCGCAGUGCUGAACACGAAUCUUUGCACUGCUGUCUCGCUUCUUGUCUGGACGGGUCUGGACAUUGCAUACUUCAAGAAGCCUUCCGUCAUUGGAGCCGUGCAGGGAAUGAUCACUGGGCUUGUUGCCAUCACACCAGCCGCUGGCGUUGUCGCAGGCUGGGGCGCAAUCCUUCUUGGUGUUGGCUCAGGCUCGGUUCCGUGGUUCACCAUGAAUAUCUUGGCCAAGAAGAUGACCUUUCUGGAGCGCAACUUUGACGACACACUUGGUGUCAUGCACACUCACAUGGUGGCUGGUGUUGUUGGAGGGUUUGGUACAGGUCUUUGGGCUACUGUGGAUGGUUGCGCAGCCUUUGGUCUGACCAAUCCCGGAGGAGCCAUCGCUGGUAACGGUAUGCAGCUUGGGUACCAAAUGGCGGGUGCAUGCUUUAUAAUCGGCUGGAACCUUGUCUGGACCAGCCUUAUCAUGCUCUUUAUUAAGCAUGUGCUACGAAUUCCACUUAGAAUGACAGAGGAUCAGCUACUUUUAGGAGAUGAUGCAGUUCAUGGAGAAGAUGCUUAUGUUCUUGGUCCCUGCGAAGCCCAUGCACAUGGGACUGGAAGUAUACAAGGCAGAGGGGAGUCUUUACACAGUCAAGACCUUGAGCUUGGAGCUAAAGACCAUCAUGGAAGUACGACAUCAGCAGAUAAGGAAAAGGCAGGGCCUAGUAGGGAACCUAUCUAUAAUUAAAUAGGUAUAAGUAUAUAUAUAUGUGUGUGUGAAC